AUGGGUUCUAUCGCAGUCAAGUCGCCUCGUGUCCUGAAGGCCCCUGGUGUUCCUUAUUUUACCCCGGCCAACAAUGGCGGUGCUGCGCUGAACCCACAGGACCCCAAUACCCCAACUUUGUUCCGCCCAUUGCAGAUCCGCGAUGUCACAUUCAAGAACAGAGUGAUAGUCGCGCCCAUGUGCACCUAUUCGGCAAACUCAGAUCCAUCCUCGCCCGCAGUUGGCGCUCCUACAGACUUCCACAUCGCGCAUCUUGGUCACUUAGCUACCAAGGGAGUUGGUCUUGUGAUCAUCGAAGCAACUGCAGUGCAGCCGAAUGGCAGAAUCUCUCCCAAUGAUCUCGGCUUAUGGCAGGAAGGAACCGAAUCCGAGCAAUUCAAGGCAUUGCAGCGCGUUGCGAAUUUCGCUCAUAGCCAAGGAGCCAAGGUUGGUAUCCAGCUCGCCCAUGCCGGUCGCAAGGCCAGCACUGUUGCACCCUGGUUAUCGUCUGAGGGCAAGAGGAGCAGCAUCAGGGCUAACGAAGAUGCUGGAGGAUGGCCGACUAAUGUGGUUGGUCCCUCUGGAGGCGAGGAGCACAUCUGGGCCCCUGGUGAUGUCAAGUACUGGGCUCCCCGGGAGCUCAGCACAGCUGAGGUUGAGGAUCUUGUUCAAGCUUUUGCGCGCAGUGCUAAGUUGGCUGUUGAAGCCGGUGUUGACGUGAUCGAAAUCCAUGGUGCCCAUGGAUAUCUUCUGAACGAGUUCUUGAGCCCGGUCACUAACCACCGCACUGAUAAAUAUGGCGGAAGCUUUGAUAACCGCGUUCGAAUUGUGCGGGAGGUGUGCACUGCCAUUAGGGCUGUCAUCCCUGAAGGAAUGCCGCUAUUCCUUCGUAUCAGUGCUACUGAAUGGCUGGAAGGAACUCCGGUCGCAGCAGAGACGGGCAGUUGGGAUAUGGCUUCUUCAACCCAACUGGCCAAGCUAUUACCAGAAUUCGGUGUCGAUCUCUUGGAUGUCAGCUCUGGUGGUAAUCAUAAAGAUCAGAACCUUCAGCCACACACGAAUUAUCAGAUUGAUCUUGCGGGUCAGCUCCGCAAGGAGAUCCGCAAGGCGGGCCAAACGACCCUGGUGGGAGCCGUCGGCUUCAUUACAGAGGCUGAAGCAGCUCGCGGAAUUGUUCAGGGUGCUGAUGAAGCCGUGGAAACUGAGGGAAUUCUCUCGGGCCAAAAACCCAAGGCUGAUGCGGUUCUCAUGGCUCGCCAAUUCCUUCGCGAGCCGGAGUGGGUCAUAAAUGCGGCAAAGAAGCUGGGAGUCCCGAUCUCAGUCCCGCUACAAUUUGCUCGAGGACUUCUGUAG